AUGGCCGGCAAGGGGCCGGGACGCAAAAGAGCCCCGGUGUCGCACAAAGUGAUCGAGAAACGGCGGCGGGAUCGCAUCAACCGCUGCCUGAGCGAGCUGGGCAAGACGGUGCCCAUGGCAUUGGUCAAGCAGAGCUCGGGGAAGCUGGAGAAGGCGGAGAUCCUGGAGCUGACGGUGCAGUACCUGAGAGCCCUCCACGCCGCCGACUUCCCCCGCGGCCGCGACAAAGAGCUGCUGACCGAAUUCGCCCACUAUUUCCACUCGGGCUACCACGAGUGCAUGAAGAAUCUGGUCCAUUACUUGACCACGGUGGAGCGUCUGGAGAGCAAGGACACCAAGUACGCGCGGGUGCUGGCCUUCCUGCAGUCCCGGGCACGCCUGGGUCCCGUGGCCCUGGGCAGCCCCCCGGAGCCGGACCGCAUCUUCCCGCCCCUGCCACUGCCCCCGGCCGGACCCGAGCCCUGCGACCCCUCGGCCGCCGCCUUCCCGGGCCCCGGCCCCUUCCCCUGGCCCCGAGGGCCGGCGAUGCCCCCCUACCUGCCCGGCUCGCCCGCGCCCUUGCCCAGCCCGGCACAACCCCCCAGCCCCUUCCUGACCCCCGUGCAGGGGCUGGAUCGCCGCUACUUACACCUCCUGGCUUCCCCCGCGCCCCCGGGAUUAUAG